UAGAGACACACCAAAAUGGCAUUGAAUCAUCCAACAAUUGAUGUAAUUGUGUUCGUCUCACUUGGUGGCGUUCUCUUCCUCGCAUUCUUCGCAGCCGCUCUCUUCUUCCUCUUUACGAAGACGAAGAAGAAGACUGUACAAGAAACCGAAAUCGUUCACCUCGACGAGCAUAAGAAGAUAAAGGGGGCCGUUGUGGAAGGCCCCCACGGAGUAAUAGACACUGUAGCGUUAUCAGUUGAGGAUGACAUUCAUAUCGACAAAGAUAUAAAGAGGAACGAGAAGGUUGGUGAAGGCCAUGCUUCCACUUCUGGUUCUAAUCAGCCCCAUCUUGAACACAAGGCUUCAUUAUGAUCUUGUGCGUCUUUCAUUCCAUAGGGUUGAACCAAAAACCAAUAAAUUCAAAUAUGUGUU